CCCGGAUGUUGGCUGCUCCCGCUGCCGCCGCCGCUCUCGGCGCUGCUCGGGGCCUCGGCCACUUGUACCAGGCGCCGUUGGGAUCUUUCCUCCGGGGCAGAGACGCACGCAGCGGCCGGGGGCUCGGCCGGGCCGUCCCGGCCUGCGCAGCCUGAGAUUCUCUUUGUGGCCAGAUGGGUUUGUAUGGACAGGCUUGUCCAUCUGUAACUUCGUUAAGGAUGACAUCUGAACUGGAGAGCAGCCUAACAUCUAUGGACUGGUUACCACAGCUCACCAUGAGAGCAGCCAUCCAAAAAUCUGAUGCGUCACAAAAUGCACAUGGAACAGGAAUUUCUAAGAAGAACGCACUCCUUGACCCAAAUACAACUCUGGACCAGGAAGAAGUCCAGCAGCACAAAGAUGGGAAACCUCCAUACAGUUAUGCCAGCCUCAUUACAUUUGCGAUUAAUAGCUCACCCAAAAAGAAAAUGACUCUAAGUGAGAUUUACCAGUGGAUUUGUGAUAACUUCCCAUACUAUAGAGAGGCUGGCAGUGGUUGGAAGAAUUCCAUAAGACAUAAUCUGUCACUGAACAAGUGUUUCCUUAAAGUGCCUCGAUCCAAGGAUGACCCCGGAAAGGGAUCCUAUUGGGCAAUAGAUACCAAUCCGAAGGAAGAUGCGUUGCCUACUCGGCCAAAGAAGAGAGCACGAUCUGUAGAACGGGUAACAUUAUAUAACACUGAUCAGGAUGGUAGUGACAGCCCACGUAGUAGCCUUAACAACAGUCUUUCGGACCAGAGCUUGGCAUCCGUUAAUUUAAACAGUGUUGGAAGUGUACAUAGUUAUACACCGGUGACAAACCAUCCAGAACCGGUUUCACAGUCAUUAACUCCACAACAGCAGCCACAGUACAAUCUUCCAGAACGAGACAAACAGCUACUUUUCUCAGAAUAUAAUUUUGAAGAUCUCAGUGCCUCAUUUCGAAGCCUCUACAAGUCAGUUUUUGAGCAGUCACUUAGUCAACAAGGUUUGAUGAACAUCCCUUCUGAAUCUUCCCAGCAGUCCCACACUUCAUGUUCCUAUCAGCACUCUCCUAGCAGUACAGUGAGCUCUCACCCACACAGCAACCAAAGCAAUCUGUCCAACAGUCAUGGCAGUGGCCUCAACACCACGGGUAGUAAUUCAGUCGCACAGGUCUCGCUGUCUCACCCCCAGAUGCACACUCAGCCAACUCCACAUCCGCCCCAUCGACCGCAUGGUUUACCCCAGCAUUCACAGCGCCCCCAGCACUCAGCACCACACCCACAGCAACACAGCCAGCUCCAGUCCCCACACACUCAGCACCCCUCUCCACAUCAACACAUACCACACCAUCCAAACCAUCAGCACCAGACGUUGACCCAUCAGCCACCCCCACCACCACAACAGGUAUCCUGUAAUUCUGGUGUUUCAAAUGACUGGUAUGCAACACUUGAUAUGCUAAAAGAAAGCUGUCGAAUUGCCAGCAGUGUUAAUUGGUCAGAUGUAGAUCUUUCACAGUUCCAAGGUUUGAUGGAGAGUAUGAGACAAGCAGAUCUCAAGAACUGGUCUUUAGAUCAGGUUCAAUUUGCUGAUCUCUGUUCUUCUCUUAAUCAGUUCUUUACACAAACUGGCCUUAUCCACUCACAGAGUAAUGUUCAGCAGAACGUCUGUCAUGGCACCAUCCAUCCAACAAAACCUUCCCAACACAUUGGAACAGGAAAUUUGUACAUAGACUCCAGGCAAAAUAUCCCUCCUUCAGUGAUGCCACCCCCUGGUUAUCCUCAUAUCCCACAGGCACUCAGCACUCCCGGAGCCACGAUCACAGGCCACCACGGAGCCAUGAACCAGCAGCACAUGAUGCCUUCCCAAGCCUUCCAGAUGCGGCGCUCUCUGCCUCCAGAUGACAUCCAGGAUGACUUUGAUUGGGAUUCAAUUGUGUAGUGCUUGUUCUGCACGGCACCAGACACCAGUGUCACCUUUCUCUGCAGUGAAAGGAAAGGUUCAAGGGAAUCCAGUUGAGAAAGCAAAGUUGCUAAUCACUUUACCAAUGUUAUCAGAAUUUCUUUUGAAGACAAUCAGAAAGAUUUUAGCUGGAUAACUUACUGCUUUUAUCUGACUUAAACAAGUACUACAUGUUUGUCUCCCUGCCAGCUGCCCUCUGUAGCUCCUAACUGUUCUGUGAUUUGAACGGCUUUUGCAUAUUUGUGUCAGUUUGAUGUUGACCACAAGUGCCAGACUGAUUUUUCAGGCAGAGCCUAUUUUGCUGCAAGCAGUUUAUAGAUACAUAAUGUGUAAAUAUGUACAAACAUUUCUGAAAGGCUUCCUUUCCCCCCCACCCCCAUUGGAUUAUUAUGUCUUGAGAAGAAAGUUACUGUGAGUUUUUAUUCCUUGUUAAGCGAUUUUCUGCAGGGUGCUUUCAACAGAUGUUGGCAACUGAAUGGAAAUAGAUUUUUUUCAAAACCCAGUUCCCCUGAUUUAAUCUUACUCAAAAUCGUGGCAGUGAGUUCUACUCAGUAAAUUAAAGGAAGAACCCAGAGUUGUUUUACUCUCCAAACAAUCUGAAGGGGCAGGUUGUUCCUGAGCAGCAUAAAGAACUGACCAGAUUUGAUUUGAUGUUUGGGGGAUUCUAGAAUUUUUAUUGUACCCGUAACUGUCUGUUUUCCUAUAUCUGCAUUACAGCUCUGAAACGUAGUUGAUUGGGUAGAAGCUGGACAUUUGCUUGCCUCUACAAACAAAUCAAUGCCUCCAUAUUCACUUAUGUAUUUAUUAUUCAGAAGUGUUAUUUUAGUAUUUAUUGCUACCUUCUGUGAAUGCUCAGCUCCCAUUGGAUUCAUUGAGGAGAAAUGCAGUGUCAGAAAGCACAGAAUUAUUUUUCUUGAUAAGAGUUUACAGACAAGACAAUCAGAGCGAGAUUGUGUAAUUCUUUUUAGUGUCACUCCUUUUACCAUGUGAGUAUAUUACUCUAUCUUAGCAUCUGCUGAUUGAGGCAUAUUAACUAAAUAGGAUUUUUCUGGAAUUUGAAUCAGAGAUCAUUUGUGCAACAGAACAGGAGGGCAAGUUUCUGCAUUAAUUUGCUUUCCAUUCAUAUAACCAAAAUGGAGGGUAGAGCCACCCAUAGAUUUUAUUUGCCUCAGUCUUCAGUGCAGUUAUUAUUUGGUUCCUGCUGUUUCUGUUGUCCUGUGUGUCUGGAUGCAUGGCAUUUGGCUGCUUUCUUUGAAAUGGAGCUUCCUCUCUGGAGGUUUUAUUAGUUGCUGUUUUAUAUGCUAUCACAGUUACUUUGCAUGGGUUGAUUAUCUUAGUUUUAUAAUAAAACUGAAAAUUGAGAUUUAUUUUUAAUGAAUAGUUUUUGAAUUGGUUCUUUAGUUCAGAAAAAAAAACAAAACAAAACUUCUUUUAGUUCUAAUAGGGAUAUCCCAUAUCCCAUCAAGGCAGCUGCCUACCUGUUGCUUUUUAGCAUCUCUAGUCUCUGUCAGCCAUGGUUCAGUCACUUUAAUCAGCCUGAGUGAUUCUGUGACUGAGUAAUCUCUACUUGAACUAAACAGGCAUCUUUGUUUCUCUGUGUAUGUUUGUGAGAGUGUUUGAGAAUGUGUGUGGGUGUUUUUUUUUUUUUUUUUUUUAAUGGAGUGUUGCCUUGAAUGAAUCAUUGGGAAGCCAACCAUGAUUAAGGCUGGUAAGGUUGGGAGAGAGGAAGGGCUUUAUGUUCCUGUUGUUUGGACCCUGCUUGGCAUGAAAAAGAAAGCUCAGUUCUAACCCCUUGGAUCAGUGCAAGUCAUAGGAUUCUGGGAAGAUAGUCAACAGGCCCCCUCAUGUGGAUCAAAGGCAAGAUGAGGUAGCAGCCUGCAGUGUAAAGGCUUGAAAGAAAAGGGGGUGAUUUUCAGUAGUUUGCUCAAGCCACUGUUUUUUAGAUGCAGAGUAGCUAUUUUGAAGGAAAAUUGCUUGGGUAGCAAUGUGCACUUUAAACAAUUUGGGUAUUGGAAUGCAGUCUCAUAUUGAGUGAGUGAGUAGAAACUACUGAUGAAGAUUUUACACAUUUUGUGCAUUUCCUUUUUGGCAAUCAUUACUGAUUUGCAGUAAUCAAUAUUUUUAUGAGGAUUUAAACUUACCAGAAUGGCCCUGGAGGCAGCCUCUCCACCCAGACCCAUCUGCUCUUGUGAUUCAGGUGAUCAGGAGCCCUGGACAGCUGUUCUCAGUGGGCUCCAGCAGGGGGCUGCUGGCUGAGGUGUGGAGCACCCUCCAGCAGCCUCUCAGUGCUAGGUGCUAAUGCAGAGGAGGUUUUCUGUCUUGGGCUUGACUUGGCUGAAGACUUGGGGGGAAAAUAAUAAAUGCAUAUAAUCAAAAGGGGCAGCAUAUAAUCAAACAGGAGCACUCUGUCCAGGAGAAUAAUCCGACUGGCAUUUGUGGCAGUUUUUGAAAUGUAAAUGUAUCCAUGUGUGUUCUUGUAAAUACGUGUCUCUCAGAUGUCCUUUGAAGUGGGAGGGAAUCAAUCUGGGGAUUAUUUCAAAUGGAAUAGAGUAUUUUGAUAUUGUUCAUUCAGAGGGUGAUGUGUACAUAUCUAUAUUGUAUAUAUGUGAUGAAAAUGCAUUGGCUUUUUGUGCACACACAAUCUGCUCUCUGUACUGCUGUUGGACAGUCAGUGUUUUAAUGUUUCUACAGUUUUGCUAUUGCACGAUUUCAUAUUUUGCCUCUAUGAUGAACGGCACCCAUUCUUUGUAACUGUUAGUGCUGUAAAGAAAUACUCCAAGUGUCAUUAGGAUUGUUGCUGCCAGAACUGAUAUGCAUGAAUGGCACUUAAAAUAAAUAUAUUAUGGUA